AUGGCAACCGCGAACCUGGAGAACCAGCUGCAGAGCGCACAGAAGAACCUGCUCUUCCUGCAGCGGGAGCACGCCAGCACCCUGCAGGGGCUGCACGCAGAGCUCAGGCGGCUGCAGCAGCACUGCACAGAUUUAACAUAUGAGCUGACAGUCAAGAGUUCGGAACAGGAAGGGGCCGGGCGGUCCCGGAGCGGCGAGCUGGAGCGCAGGUGCGAGGAGCUGGAGGCGCAGCUGCAGGCGCAGGAGCGCGAGAACGGCGAGCUGCUGCAGGAACUGGCGCGCAAGCGCGGCCUGGUGCAGGCGCUGGAGAGCACGCUCAAGGAGCGCGAGAAGAAGUACCUGGAGGAGCUCAAGCUCAAGAGCCACCGGCUGGCGCUGCUGUCGGGCGAGCUGGAGCAGCGCCCCGCGCCGCCCAAGGACAAGCUGCCCGAGACGCCGCGCCGCCGCAUGAAGAAGAGCCUGUCGGCGCCCCUGCAGCCCGACUUCGAGGACGCCUACAGGUUCGGGGCCGAGGGCCGCCGGCUGCUGCUGCGCGAGCCCCUGGACGCCAUGCCCGACCCCACGCCGUUCCUGCUGGCGCGGGAGGCCGCCGAGGUGCACCUGGUCAAGGAGCGGCCCCUGGUCAUCCCCCCGAUCGCCUCCGACCGCGGCGGCGGCGCCAGCGAGCAGCAGAGCCCAGCGCGCGACAAGAAGGCGCACGUGGGGGUGGCGCACCGCAUCCAGCACGCGGCGCCGCCGCCCGCGCAGCCCGAGGUGGAGACGCUGGCGGUGGACCAGGUGAACGGGGCCAAGGCGGUGCGCCGGCGCUCGGGGACCGACAGAACUGUGUGA